AUGUUGACAACACUUCCCCGCCUGAGAGACACCAAGGGUAUGACAGCGGACAGAUUGCCUCGUCUAGCAUCGGACAGAAGAAAAAAGGUAAUUAAGCUCUUAUAAUAAUUCUGUUUACUUCUGGGAUUGAACUGGUUAAAUAGGUAUGACAGAACAGUAUAUAUAUAUUUUUUUACACCUUAUACCAGUGAGGUGAAAUAUGCACCGGAGACACAUAAAUAAGUCACAUGAUCUUGAUCGUGAAAGCGUUCCAAAGCCUAGGGCUGAAAAACUCUCGGUCGACGUUUAUAUUUUCAACCAACAAAAAUGAUAGGGAAAACAAAUGGCGGAAUUGGUAGAGUACAUCAGGGCCUUGUAAAAUUUUUGGCUAUAUCGUAACCUGUCCCAGAGGGUGGGUAACGGAUAAAACCGUCUUUAACAAAUCUGCGUGUGGAAACCACUGCUAUUGAAAUUUUUAUUGUUUUAUUGAACUUAAAGACUGGGGUUAUAUUUGCGCUUUAGUACUAUGGAAUGCACUUCGAGUAAUUGCUUGCCUAUUCGUGCUAUUGAAUUCAUCUUCAUUCAAAACUGCUUAAUGAAUUUUUAAAUUUGUGAAUUUGAAUGUAUUUUCACGAUAAUGAAACUGAUGACUGCGUUAUUGGUAGUAGCAAGCAAAAGGUGUCUUAGUCAUGAAAAUUUUAAGACACUCAGUUGACAUUUGAUUUUCAUAUCAUUCCAGAUUUCGCAGGUGGGAAAAGUAUUUCCCAAAACUGUCGUCCAAGAGAAAGUCGACGAGAAGCUAGAUUUUCAUUGUGUCGGUCUGGAUAAAGACAAAAAUGUUUCUUUUCCAACUGUGGAAGGAGAAUGCUCUCCAAGUGGCCCUGGCGACAAGUUGAGCUCGCUCUCGCCCACUCGGGAAUUUGACGACGGGACCGAAGUCACUGUAAGUACGAUUUCUUUUUUGUAAUGGCUACUUUUGUCAGCCAAGGUUAUAGGGCUUUACUGGUUGCCAUUAACAUAGACUUUAAAAAUUUAAUGUUGCGCCAAAGCUUCCUUGUCUAGGAACACGCAGCCUGCUUCCCAGGCGUAAUCUAACCCCUGUUAUUAGCGUAUGCAAAGAAGCGCCGAUAUCCUUCUUUCAUGAUCUGCGCAUUUGGUGAUCAAUUUAGCGUGGAUCACGCAUGGUGUGUCAGCGCGGCGGGUUCAUUAUCCAACGCCAUAACGAACUGCGCGACCUGAAAGCAGGGAUGCUAAGGAUGGUCUGUAAUGAUGUGGAAGUUAAGCGGGUCCUUCAGGAGGUCAUUGGGGAGACAUUAAAUCAUGGCGCUAACAAAGUUCCUGAUGCCCGUUUGGGUAUUCAUGCUAGAGGCUUUUGGGAGAGACAGAGAUCUGCAUAUUUCGUUAUUCGGGUGUGUCAUCCUAACGCAGACUCUUACAGAGACUUGACUCGAGACUUGACUCCUAAGCAGAUCUAUAAGAAGCAUGAAAACGAGAAGAACAAGAGGCAGUAUGCGGAAAGAGUCAUGGAGAUCGAACAGGGAACGUUCACUCCCUUAGUUUUCACGACCAAAGGCGGAAUGGCGGAUGAGUGUGUCAAGUGCCACAGCAGAGUUGCGGAGCUGAUCGCAAAUAAGAAGGGAGAAAGUUACUCAAGCGCAAUUUCCUGGUUAAGAGCUAAAGUGUCUUUUGCCAUCGUACGCUCUGCGAUACUAUAUUGAGAGGCUCAAGGGAAAGUUACUCAAGCGCAAUUUCCUGGUUAAGAGCUAAAGUGUCUUUUGCCAUCGUAAGCUCUGCGAUACUGUAUUGAGAGGCUCAAGAUCCAGAAGACGACAGCUAGACUUUGUUGAUUUAGAUUUACAUAUCGAAAACAUUAGAGCCUGCCCGAAUUAAUUUUUUUUAGGAACAUUUUAAAGAAACUUUUUUUUAAUUCUAGUUACUAUUACUUUUAAUCGAAAUGAAUUGUUUUUUAACUGAAAUGAAAUGUUUUUUUUUUUAACUGAAAUGAGUUUUUUCUAAGUGAGUUUAAUCGAAAUGACAGGAGCCUAUGGAAUGAAAUGACUUGUAAGAGGUGCUUUAACCGAAUAGUUUUGUUUUCUUUAGCGAAAUUAAUUGUAAAUAGGUUUUAAUAGUUAGCUUUGUUGUCAUUAAAAGGUUAUUAUUAUUAUAAAAAAAUUAUUAUUAUUAUUAUUAUUAUUAUUAUUAUUAUCAUCAUCAUAAUUUUAUUUUUAUUAUUUUUUGGGGUGGAGAGGAGGGGGAAGUUUGCAAUCUUUCUUGUUACGUUUAAUCCGUUUUCACCAGAUCUUCUUUUUCUUUUCCUAUCUAACCGAUGCACCACUACUGUAUGUAAGUCUAGGUUUAUAUAAUCAUGUAUUCAUAAAGCUUCGAAAUGACACGAACCUAAGGCAACAAAUUUUGUUGGAUUUCUUAGCAACAAUUCCCAGGCUUCGAUGGUCGAUGUUUCGCUGGUCAGGCGUUUGCGAAUGCCUGGCCAUCAAAUUCGGGCUGUUAUUUCUACAAUGUAUGAAAAAAAGUAUAAAAAAAUACUCAGCACUGAGCAAAGUAUCUGUUCAGCUGGGCUUUAUGUCGGUCUUUCUCUCCUGAGGAUAUUUUUCACAGCUCGUUUUAUCUCCCUGAUUCUCCAGCAAUACACGAGAGGAUUUAUAAAAGAGUUGAUGAAAACGGCCGUUGCAGCGUAGUCAUAGGCAAUCUUAAUUGUUCUUGUGGAUCCAAUGAAAAAUAUGUCUACAAUUUGCACCACAACAUAGGGGAGAUAGAAAACCAACACUAUACCGUAAAUAUAAAGUACCGUAAGAGCCGAUUUUUUGCACUUCAAUACGUUCACUGUGUUGGUUUGAAGACGUCUGAUAGGCACAGUUUGGUCGUUUAUCUGGCGAUGGUGUCUUCGAACAAUCUGAAAUAUCUUCAAGGUGCUGACUGUUAUGACUAGAAAUGUGGGACAAAAGACAAUUGUAAGGAUAAAAUACGAUGUGAAAGUCGCCCAAAAUCUUAUAACAUUUAUUGUGAUGAAGAAGGCAUAGAUGGCAGCAGUGGUUUGCAAUACACGAGCGUUGGUUACAAUCGUGUUGUAUCGUAAAUGAAGGGUCAGAGCGAGAAGUCGAUCAACGGACACUGCAGCCAAAAGAGAAAAGAAGACGCCUGCUGUUGUCCAAGUUGAUAAGGCAUUAAGCCUCUUCAAUGUACAGAACGAGGCAAAACUCUCCUUGAGUUCGGCUAUUUUUUCUGCCACGAAAAGCGGUUGACAUAUCAGCCCGACAAGAAGAUCUGAAGUUGCUAAACAACCCAAUAGGAUAAAAGAUGGUCUGUGGAGAUCUUGCGUUUUUCCUAUCGCCAAUGCGAUAAGAAAGUUUCCCGUGCAUGUUACCAGAGAAAAUAAACAAUUGAGGAUACACGUUAAAAUGUUUGCGACGAAAAUUUUUUCCGUUUCGUCAAAGUUACUGUUCUUGUCUGGAAAGUACAAACAGGUCCUAUUUGUUUUGUUCAUGUUGAAGAAAACGCCAGUAUUGUACACAAACGGGAUGAAGUUGACUCAAACUUUCUUCUGAUCGCGAUUAAGGUUUUAAGUGCUCGUUUUAUCUUAGUGUGCGAGACAGUUGUUAAAAUAAGCGCACUCCUACCGAGCUAAAAUUAUGAUGGAACACAUUAAUUUUAUCUGCCAGAUAUGAAUUUGCAUCCGUAAUCUUGGUAAUAACUUAAAUAAAUUGUAUUUUUCAAACGAUGAUGAUGGACUUGACUGUAUUUUUGGCUUGUUUGGCGUCAUGUUAUUGAAAAAUCAUUAACUUGGUCUCUGUGACGGUUUUGAUUAGCUGCAUGCCUCGAAAUUUUAAAAGAUGCUGGCUGCCCGCUUACCCAGUUGGCGUCAAAAUGGCGGCUUAAUCAUUUUGCUGUUGAACCUCACCGAGUGUGUUUAAACUGCGCGUAAUUUCGCAGAAAACAUCUGCAAUGCACGCUAAGGAAUUACAGGGACAAGAAAGAUGUUAAUUGUUGAAAAGUAAAUGGAACACGGCUUUUCGUGUCUUUUCAGUGGAAAAUUCCGGGAACAAAGGAACAUCUAGUAAGGAAAUCCUGUCUUUGAUACCAGUUUCAGGCUUCUGCGGCCGUUUUUCGGUAAAAGAAACUGAUUUGUGCAAAUGUAAAACACGAUUCCGAAAUAAAAUUUACCAGUUCUAAGUUUUUCCGUACGCAAUACCAUUUUCCCAAAACGUGAACCUACUGACUUCCCCAUGUAAAUUGUAAACAACCGUUGACUUUUAGACGUAGAAUAACUCUGAAUCUGAAAUUGAAUAUGUUAUUCGUAUUUAAAUUUAACAGCACGGGAAAGGUAUUAAACUAACGAUAUUCUUAAAAUUCUGCAUCGAUGGAGACAAUCGUUUGUCAGUUUAUAACUAAUCAGGUGUAUUUUUUGUUUAAUUUUUACUUAGUUGCCUGAAUUACCCGGCAUUCUUGGUAGCCGUCGAAAUGGUACCACACCCAGUCCUGAUGUAAGUGAACCGCUGGAUUUACUGAUCAAGGGCGAGGCUAGCAAGAAAUCUCAGACCCAGGUUUCCCUCGACGCUAUGGAGGAACCUCCAGUCGUCGCCCCAGAAGAGGUAAUAAGGAGCGACGUUUUUGAGCGAUGCACCCCUACCGGAAGUGAGCCUUUUUCUCUUUCAAAAUCCCUUGAGGCUACCAAACUUGCAUUGCUGAGAGUCUUAAUUCUUGUAGAGACGAUUUGCCCAAAAAUUUGUUCAAAAUCACGGUUCAAGAGUUCAAAAAGUCCACUUCCGGUUAACGUGCAUCGCUCAAGGACCUCGCUGCUUAAACUCCUUAAAAAGUUUUCCAGUUGUCCGACUACAUUAUUUUUGGUUACAUUGUUACAUGCAGUAGCUGCCGUAAGAAGUGUGUUAAACUGGUAUUGCAAACAAACAAACAAAAACAACGAACUGGACGCGUUAAAAGUCAUGCCUUUCACAGCGGCACAUACCCAUCCGUCUACCCCACCAGUAUUGUAGUAUAGAGCGUGUUGACAUGACGUUACAGCGGCCAUAUUUGUGUUCCAAAACGUGAAACGGCGGCCAUGUUGGUGUUCUAAACCAAUCCUGUGGAUUAUUAACUAAAUUUGAAUAGAUGCUGGCCUCGUGAGUGAAACACUCCAUAAGUUACUCGAAGCAUAACAACUUAUUUAUUUAUUUAUUUAUUUAUAUUUAAACAGGUGAUGAGGACCAAUCUUGAGCCCAUCAUAGACACUCUCUUUGAAGAAGAUGAGUUGUUUGCACAAGACUUUGAUCAGGACGGUCUCAAUCGUAUUCUUUUCAUUCGCAAAAUGGGCAUCUAUGUCGAGGUUAGGUUUUUAAAGUUAGUUACAGCCCCCUUCAUCAAACUCGUGGUCUCUUCUCUGUAGACGUCGCUUGGGUUAUUCAGAACGGCGAAAAAACGUUAAAAAUGGAGAUUUAACGAUCAUGUUUUAAUAGAGUACUAAAGUGUGACGUCACAAAAAAUUAAAUUUGUGAAAUUAUGGGAUUUGUCAAGAUAUUCUGAAAGAACAACGUCCAAGACGCCUACUUGCCAAAAAUUAGCAUUGUGGGGAAAUUGUCUCUGAGAUAUUACCCCAGUUAUGCUUUUAUGACUCCAUACAAAUCCUUCUAAAUUUGGCUUGGGUCUAAACAAGUAGGCGUCUUGGACGUUGUUCUUUCAGAAUAUCUUGACAAAUCCCAUAAUUUCAUAAAUUUAAUUUUUAUGACGUCAGCACUUUAGAACUCUAUAUACGCUUCGUUUUGCGUCUUACCCUCUUUAUAUGCGAUCAAAGCUCUAUAAAGCGAGCACCCUCGGCGAAGAAUCAAGUGGUUGCUUAACCCUUUGAGUCCCAAGAGUGACCAACAUCAAUAUAAAAAUUAUUCUCCCAACAAUACCAACAUACAAUCAAGAGAAUGAGAAAAAUGAUCACCUAAGGGAAAAUGCCUUGAUCUUUUAUCAAAUUCUCUCAACUUAUUCUUUAUGGAAAUGUACAAGGACCAGUUUGGAGAAUUUGCGUGUGGAUACUGGGGCUUAAAGGGUUAAUAGAGACUUCGUUUACAGCUAUUUACUCUGUUAUUUAGGUGGUGAACUUCAACCCGAGUUUUAGCGAUGGGCAGUUUCCGAGCACCAAAAUGGUUAUCAUAUUACAUAAUUCAAAAGAGAUGAUCAGGGUGCAAACCUGGUUCAACCAAUCAGGGUUUUCUGGCUUGAACCAUAUGUGCAUAAAAUCUGGUUAACCAAGGUAUUCCUGGUAAGCAUGAUAAGCCUGGUUAUUCUAAGAACCCGGAAAACCAGGCUUUAACCAGGCUCUUGAAGUAACGAAUGAACGAGGCUUAUUAGGCUUGAAGCAUACGUGCAAAAAUGCGUGGUAGCCAAGGUAUUCCUGGUAAGCAUGGCAAGCCUGGUUGUUCUAAGAAUCUGGAAACCCAGGCUUUAACCAGGCUCCUGAAGUACUGAAUCAACUAGGCUUUUUAUUUACACUACCUAAACCUAGCUUGUGCAGGGACAGGUGAUAUAAAUUCCUGACAGAGCUGCAUGUUUUUCUCGGUUACAGAUCAAAACGAAAGAUUAUCUCCCAGGAGUAGUAUGCACGCCCUUGUUUCACUGUCCGAGAUGUAAAGACCACUGGAUGGAGUUUGGGACGGUGCCUGAAAACUGCCAGUUUGCACGGCAACCGACUCGUGGGCCCGCCAUACAACUGGCCAGCAGUAGAAAGCCUGCUAGAAAACGGAAGGCGAAAAGAAAGCUUGGGUUUGUGGAUGUUAUUUUAUUUUAGGAUAAUCAUUGAACCGCGGUAUGGAUCAAGAAGUAAACAGCGACUUCUAUAUUGCGCUUGCGGAAAUUUGCUCGGACAAAAUCUUUUUGAGUCAAAAAUCGAAGUUCACUUGAGAUACGUUCUGCUCUACUCUAGUGUGAACGUAGCAUACACAUGUGGUGGUUUCAAAAUAAUGGAGAAGCAAAAUUUUUAUUCGCUUUAUAUUCUAUUUGCAGAGACAUAAAGGAAGGUUUCAUAGUUUCCGGAAGUGGAACGGUACUCAACCAAAUUGACGAAAACGAUUCAGAGCAAACUUCGCCCCAGUCCCACUCUAACCGUGGUAAUACCCAGUCCACCUUGGGAGAGGAAGCAUUACCUGACUAUUUGAAAUCUGAUGACGUAAAGCUUGAGGAUAUAAAACUUCGGGAGAUCGACUCGUUUACGAUGAUGGAGGCAUUCAGGGAAGUAGCGGACAUACAAAAAGUGGAUAAGGAAACUUAUGUUAGAACCGUAGCAGAAGUACUUGGAUUUAGCGAGGAUCAGUACGAUGAAUUUGCAAGAGUCACUAUCAAAAAUGCGGAGGACAAUAUCGGGCCCAAUGACAAUUCCUGUGACUUAAAAACACCCACUCUGACUCAUCCUCAGUCCUCUCUGUUUGGAUCGCACGCGGAGGAUGGACUAGGGACAAGUCAGGCACCUACUGCAAAUAAGGAAACUUAUGUUAGAACGGUAGCAGAAUCACUUGGAUAUAGCGAGGAUCAGUACGAUGAAUUUGCAAGAGUCACUAUCAAAAACGCGGAGGACAGGAUCGGGGCCAAUGACAAUUCCUGCGACUUUAAAGGACCUACUCUGACUCGUCCUCAGUCCUCUCUGUUUGUAUCGCACCAGGAGGAUGGACUAGGGACGAGACAGGCACCUACUGCAAAUGGGACAACGCCCAGUCAAAUAACUAUUAAUCAAACUGUAGAUGAUAUUGGGGAUACCUUCGGCGAAUUAACAGCACCCUCUACUAAUAAAACAGCGCGAGCGAUUGGCACAGACGCAAUGGAGAAAUUUAGUGACAAAGCCUCUGUGAGGUCUAUUUUGAACAUGUCGAUGUUGAACUCCAUGACGGUCAAGGAUCUGCCCGAGCGGAUAAGGACCAGGCUUUUGUCGCUACUUCGGUUCCAGAGGAGAAAUAGACAAAAACAAGCCGUGCCUCAAAAGGCUUGCGCCAACAAGAACUGGGCCUCUUUUAUCGUGAAUAUCGAUAAUGAAGAGUCUAAUCUUAUGGAUCUGUCAUUCGAGGAUUUAGCGAAUGACAUGAGAGAAAUCUCAGUUAUAGUAAACAAAAAGAAAAAAAAUUUACGAGCAAAGCAAGGUUCAAAGCAAGGAAGAUCGCAAGGGCAAAGUAGUGAUGGCAUGAGUGACUAUCAUGAUUCUCGUAAGUGAAUAAAUUAUAUGAAUACUUUAAUUUCUGUUCUUGAAAGAAGAAAGUUACCUUUACGCCAUACUAGGUUCAGGGUAGUAGCCGGACUUUAGGCAUAAAAGAUGCAAAAUCUGAAAACCCUGGAGGGAAGCUAAGCGAACCCAUUGGAAAGUCUGCGAGUAUAGUCUCAGAAAGUUUUGAAAUCAAGAAGCUCUGAAGCAUUUAAGAGGAACGAAAAAUUACUCGGGGAGCAAAUACUACUCGUCUUUUUUCGGCUAAAAACUUAAAGGUACCGUAACAAUUCUAAGGGCGUUCACCUUAGAUUUUACUACCCUAGGCGGUUUCAAUCCACCAGUUUUUCCCUCCCCUCCCCCCUGAAAUCUUCAAAGAGCACUCUCAUCUUUUUCAUAGAGUAUUAGUGAAACAAGGGUGGCGUAAUGAGGCCAGGAUAUGCAAUUUACACCCCUAAGCAGGUAGACGACCGGGCCCUUCUCCUUCACAAGCGAGUCCCUCCUUUGGGUUGUGAUACUGUGAUGAAAAAUGAAUAGCAAUUUGCAUUGCAUAGAUAACCUGCCUUUGCUGAUGGGGUCUACAUUUUCUAACAUGAUUAUUAUCAUUUUCUGACCCCAAAGCUGAGACAAGGAGAGGUUUUGCGGAAGGAGGUUCGAGAACAGCGUCUACCACCGGUCAGAGACAUUCUGUUUUAUCGUCUUUUGAUUCAGACGAAGAAGGCCCCUCGACUUCAAGGUCCCCCAGUGAUGUCCUAGCUUAUAAGGAGGUGAUUGGUACUCAACUAAGUGAAUACAGAGGAUAUUACAUGCCCGCGCGUGGAUACGAAUUUUAUUUUCGAGUGUUCAACUCGAUAUCUCACUCGAUCGCUGCGCGAACACUUUAAGAUAAAAUUCGUAUCCACAAGCGGGAAUGUAAUAUUCUGUUUAUCAUAUAGACACCAAUGACGAGAUGCUGUGAUGCUCUUUUCCUAUUGGCUGAGACUGAAGUAGCCAUGACAACCAUGAUAUCUUCACAUGUGAAGGAUAAAAUACCUGGAAAAAUCCUGGUAUUUCAUCGCUGUCUAUAUAAUAAAUAGAGAGAGGGAGUAGCACAUAUUCUUCAAUUACAUUUUCAUAUGGACCUGGGGUCAAUUUAAUACAACUUUUGCAAGUGUAAGCGAUUGUUUUCAGACUUUAAACCAAUAGCUACGCCUGUAAAUUACACUUGUAAAAGUUUUAGUAAAUUGAACCUUGAUUGUGGGUCCGCCACCCCCUCUGAAUAGCCCACGUUCGAUACAUUAAAGUUGUAACAUGACUCCGAGGCUUUCUGACCAUUUUUCUAUAUUUGGUUUGGUUUUCUUUGUGCUCAAGUCUCUUCUUCGAAUUGUGAGACAACGGAGUCAUGAAAAAUAUGCAAUUUUGUUCCAAAUGCCUCGGAUUCAUGUUACAAUUUUAAUAUGACGAACGUGGGCAAUUCUGGCAGGUAACCAGUCGUCAGUAAUCUAUUCUUUAAGAAGAGUAUUUUAGCGCGUAUCUGCUGAUAAUUCUCACGUACGAAUAAACUUGUUGUAAUAAUCUGACCUUUUUCACGUUUUAGUUACAAGGUCAAAAACGUUCCAGAAAGAAGAAUCCAUCAGUGAGGAACAGAACCGGGCAGCCAGAUACUCCCUUCCAGAGACUGGGUCGACAUUCCGUCUCUGUGCCCAAUAACAGCACGUCAUUUUACUCACAUGACGAUGGCGACUCUGGCGAGGAGAACUGGGGACGAAGGGGAGCUCCAAGAGUUGGUUCCAGCCGCGCGCAUAUGUCAGAUUCACGCGCAUCGAUUAUGUCUGGUAUGUCACGUGACCCACACGUGAGUGAUUCACGGACAUCGAUGCUGCAAAAAUAUAGUAGGGCUAUGGGAAGUGCGCGUGCGCGAAAAGAUGUUUCAUUUUCCAGUAAGUUGUGUGUUUUAUAAUGAUAGUACGUGAGUGUUGGCAAGACUAUAGAGAAAACGAGCAUAGCGUUGGUUACCAUUUACAAAACGUUUCUGGAAAUUCCGGUUGAAAUUCUCGGGAGAAAAGAAAUAUUAUUGUUCGAUGGAAUUCAAGGCAACUGUUAACCAAUCAUAGGCAACACUUGUCCACCCAAACGGUCCCAGAAAUCAUUGCGCCGAAAGCUUUUAGCCAUUAUCUAUACAGUUUUUGGAGUGGGGAAUUCAAGGAUUCAGGAAGUAAGACUCCGCGUACCUCCCUAAAAUGUCUUUUUCAAGAUUAAGACCAGGCCUCAGAUACAAGCUGAUACAACGCCAAAAAAAUGCUUUUACUAUCUUUUGCAGACUUAGAUGACCGAAUGUCUUAUGGUUCUCUUAGAAACGGUGAUAGUGUUUAUGACAUUUAUGACGAUGAGGCAACUGAGGGCAAAUCCAGUAGAGCUCGCCGCUCGAUAAGGAAGAGGGAGAAGGGAGACAGUGUCAAGAGACCUGGGAACUACCAUAGCAAAGUCAUUCAAGACAUGGCAGUGGUUCAAGGAAGCCCUUCAAUAAGUUACGUGGCAGAAUCAUUUGGCGAUGCCAACAUAACGUAUGGCUCGAACGCGAGGUUGAGUCAAGCGCGUAUCUCUCUAACGGAAGCAGGCAGUAGUGCUUCCACCUUGAUGAAUAAGCCCUCUAUGCGACCUACAAGUAGCGUUAUUAUAAAGAAACCGCAGAAGCGAACAGAAACACCAGAAAUGGAAUGUGCGCUCUUGCUAACUGAAGAAAGUAAAGCUGUAAAUAGCAUAGAUGAAUUACCGCCACUCGAACCUGUAGUACUAGAAGCCAGCGUCGCUACAACUCAAAAAAAUGAGCAGGAGCUGAAUAGGGAGCAGAAAGAGAAGAGGGAAAAGCUUUUUAAAACAGUAGAAAAAAGGAAACCGCUGAUAUCACUGGAAGAUUUAAACUUCAUUCACAGACUUCCUGUUUCGAGUGCUUUCACAUAUUCUUUUUAUGAGUUACCCAGUCACCACCGAGACCACAACGAAUCUAUCAAGAAAGCUGCUGGCCGGAUUGGCCGCCGUAGAAAAAAAGAGUCCGGUCACUUUCGAAGUAAAAGCGCACCCUAA